AUGAAGGUGAUGUUGACUCCAGAAUUACAACAUGAGAUCACAAACUAUAGAUUACAAAAUAUCUAUAAUAUUGCCACUUCAAACAAACAAUAUCUUUUAAAAUUUGGAUUACCAGAUUCUAAGAAAAAUUUGGUUCUUGAUAGUGGGUUUAAAACUCAUAUUACUGAAUUCUCAAGACCUACUCCACAAACACCAUCAAGUUUUGUGGUCAAAUUAAGAAAGCAUUUGAAAAGUAGACGUCUUUCUAGUAUAAAGCAAGUUGGUAUUGAUAGAGUUAUUGUCUUAACAUUCAGUGAUGGUGCUUAUCAUUUGGUUUUGGAAUUUUUCAGUGCUGGUAAUAUUGUCUUGUUGGAUCAUGAACGUCGUAUUUUGGCUUUACAAAGAUUAGUUGAGGAAAAGGGUAAUAAUGAUAAAUAUGCCGUUGGUGAAAUCUAUAAUUUAUUUGAUGAAUCUCUUUUCGAAGAUGAAGGUGAUGAAAAGGCAUUUGUACCUAAAACACAUGAUGCUUCAACAAUUCAACAAUGGAUUCAAGAACGUAAACCAACAACUGAAGAAAAUCCUCAAGGUAAAAAGAAUAAAGUUCUUUCAAUUCAAAAAAUAUUAUAUCAAAGAGCUCCAUAUCUUUCAGCUGAUCUUAUAUCCAAGAAUUUACAUAAGCUUAGUGUUAAUCCAUCAACAUCAAGUCUUGAAUUUGUUGAUAAUGCUGAAAUAAUAGCACAAGCUUUAAAUGCUACAGAACUUGAAGUACAAUUAGUCUUGAAUGUUAAACCUACAAAUGGUCAUGUUGUUCUUAAGAAAAAUCCAUUAUAUGAUUCUGAAAAAGAUGAAGAAGAUUUAAAAUAUCUUUAUGAACAAUUCCAUCCAUUUGAACCAAUUAAUUUAAAAGAAGAUGAAGAACUUGUUCCAAUUCAAGGUUAUAACAAGACUUUAGAUAAAUUCUUCUCCACUAUUGAAUCAUCAAAAUAUGCACUUAGAAUUCAAAAUCAAGAAAAUCAAGCUAAAAAAAGAUUACAACAAGCUAGAGAUGACAAACAACAACAAGUUCAACGUUUAUUAGAUGUUCAAGCUGUUAAUACAUUAAAAGGGGAAACUAUCAUUUUCAAUGCAGAAAUUGUUGAAGAAGCUAAAGCCGCGGUGCAAGCUUUAUUAGAUCAACAAAUGGAUUGGAAAACUAUGGAAAAAUUAAUUAAUGUUGAAAAAGCUAAAGGUAAUCGUGUUGCUAAAGUUAUUAAUUUACCAUUAAAUUUAAAAGAAAAUAAAAUUAGUUUAAGUCUAUCCACUGAAGAUCCAUAUGCAAAUGAUGAAGAUGAAGAUGAAAGUUCAAGUGAAUCUGAACCUGAAUCUGAGAGUGACUCGGAUGAAGAUGAACCAAAACCUGUUAAAUCACAAGCCAAAAAGGAUAAUGUUAAGAAUACAAUCAAUGUUACAAUUGAUUUAACACUUUCUUCAUAUGCAAAUGCAUCAGAAUAUUUUAAUGUUAAGAAAUCCACAGUGGAAAAGCAAAAAAAGGUUGAACAAUCUGCAACAAAAGCAUUAAAAAACAUUGAACAAAAAAUUGAAAAAGAUUUGAAAAAAAAUCUUAAACAAGAAAAUGAUAUAUUAAGAAAAUUGCGUAAUCCAUAUUUUUUUGAAAAAUUUAAUUGGUUCAUAUCAAAUGAAAAUUAUUUAAUUCUUUCAGGUAAAGAUGAUUCUCAAUGUGAUUUAAUUUAUCAUAGAUAUAUAAAUGAUGAUGAUAUUUAUGUUCAUGCAGAUAUUGAUGGUUCAAGUCAUGUAUUCAUUAAAAAUCCAAAUAAAGGUGAAGUAUCCCCAUCUACUUUAAUGCAAGCUGGUAUUUUAUCAUUGUCAACUUCAAAAGCAUGGGAAAACAAGAUGGUUACAUCGUCAUGGUGGUUAUAUGCAUCAGAUGUCACUAAGAAGGAUAUUGAUGGUACUAUUUUAAAUGCAGGUAGUUUUAGAUACUUGAAAGAAAAAAAUUUCUUACCUCCAAGUCAAUUAGUUAUGGGAUUUGCAUUUUUAUGGAAAGUUAAAACUGAAGAAAAUGAAAAAGAAUUAGAAGAACAAUUGGAAGAAUUGGAUAAUUUAGAUAUUAAUGAUGUUGAAAAGGGUGAUGGUGAAGAAAAAAUUGAAAAAUUAACAGAUGAUAAACCUGAAGUUGGAUCUAAAGAGGAAACAAAUAAUGGUGAAACUGAGGAAUCUGUUGAAAAUCAUGAAUCCCAUGAAUCCCCUGAAGAAGAAGAUCAAGACGGGGAACAAGAAGAACAUCAAGAUGAAGUAGAAGAUGAUACGCCUGAAUUUGAUACCAAAUCUUCCACCACAACAACAUCAACAAAACAAAAGAAACCAACAAGAGGUAAGAAGGGUAAGAUGAAGAAAAUUGCUAAUAAAUAUGGUGAUCAAGAUGAAGAAGAAAGAAGAUUAAGAAUGGAAGCAUUAGGUACUUUAAAACAACAAACCAAAAAGGAAGAAGAAUUUAAGAAACAACAAUUAAUUAAAAUUAAUCAUUUAAAGAAAACUGAAAAAAAGAAAAGACAAGAAGAAUUAACUGCUAAUAAAUAUGCAAAUAAUAAAGAAGUUAUUAAUUUUGAAAAAAUAUUGAAUGAAUUAACACCUAUCUUAUCAAAAGAUGAUGAACCGCUGGAAGCUAUCCCAGUAUUUGCUCCAUGGAAUGCAUUACAAAAAUAUAGAUAUAAGAUUAAAAUUCAACCAGGUUCUACCAAGAAGGGUAAAGCAUUACAAGAAACUUUACAUUGGUUUAAUACAAGACCUGUUGAUCCAAGUGAAAAUGAUAGAAAUUAUGAUUGGCCAAAAGAACAUGAAAUUAUUAAAGGAUUGAAAGAUACAGAAUUAUUACCUGCAAUUUAUGUUGGUAAAUUAAAAGUUAUGUUACCUGGUAAAAGUUCUGCAGCUAAAGGAUCUGCCACUAGAAAUUCAAAGAAAUCUAAAAAGAAAUAG